CUCAACUUUCGCCCUGCCCAAACCGUGAUAAGUUUGUGUUGUUUGGACCAUUUCUCCGAAAAUGACACUGCAAAGGUUGUGUUCGAGUGCGCCAAGAAAUUCUAAAAAGAACUUCACGUUUCAACGUAACAUGACGCUGAAAUAAUGGCCUGCUCGUACAACACAAGUUGACUCUUUUGAAGAUAUUGUGUGGUUGUAACAAAAUGGCGAGUUUAGCUGAUGUGUAUAAGGAUAAGGAAAGGACAAACUGGCUGAAGGCGUGUCUAGCAAUAGGCAUUGCAAAGUCUGGCUUGAAACACUUAGCUGACAACGAGGCUCAGAAUUUUCACCGGCUAAUUUACAGCCGUGUAGGAUCUACUUGCAACAGCUGUUCCACAAAAAAUUUAAUGCAUCAUAAACCAUGCCCAAGGAAAAGUUGUGAUAAAGUUUGUCAGGAAAUUAUCAAAGAACAUCGGUAUAAUAGUUUGUUUUGGAAGAAUACAUCUGCGCAAUUGUGGCAAACAAACUAUUGGGAAAUAGCAAAAUGUUAUUUCCCACCAGAUGGAUAUGCUGCCACAAGUUCAAUUCGAGAUACAGACUUCAACGGAGUCAUCAGUUUUAUGCUAAACUGUAGACGCUUUGAUAGCAGUUUGUCUUUUCGAAUUACAACGGGAAAGCCCACAAAUCCCACGUCUGUGUGCCUCCUGUAUAAGGCUCGUGAAAUCGGGAAAGCUGUGCGUCACUCUUCCGUAUAUAAGGUAACAGACGUGGAGCUCCUAGACUACUUCACAACAUUGUCCAACCUGCUGAAUGAUUCAUGCUAUCUAAUUGGAGAUAGCGAUGCCCAAAAAGCUGUUAAGAAAUUAGAAAAGUUGAAAAAAGAUACCUUACUAUUAACUACAGAAGAGAUGAUGUGUUUCCUGGACGCUGUUGAUGCAACUUUGAAGAAGCGCUUGAAAGAUGUUGUCGACACAUCACUGAAUGAGCUCAGAGAAAACACCGCAUUGUGUAUUGAUGAAAUUGAAGACUAUAUAGAUACAUGUAAGCUAGAGCUCGAAAAAGAGGAAGAAUUGCAUAAACAAGAUUUUGAUAAGAACGCAGACAAACGCACGAAAGAUUAUAAUGAACUUACAGUCUCACUCAGAAAAGACUUUGAUGAGAACGCAGACAAACGCACGCAGGAAUAUGAUGAACUCACAGUAACACGCAAAAAAGACUUUGAUGAGAACGCAGAAAAACUUACGCAGGAGUAUGAUGAACUCACAGUCACACGCAAAAAAGACUUUGAUGAGAACGCAGACAAACGCACGCUAGCCUUUGAUGAGAAAGUAGAUAAAUGCACGCAGGAUUAUGAUAAACUCACAGUCACAUGCAAAAACAACUUUGAUGAGAACGCAGACAAACGCACGCAGGAUUAUGAUGAACUCACAGUCAUACGCAAAAAAGACUUUGAUGAGAACGCAGAAAAACUUACGCAGGAGUAUUAUGAACUCACAGUCACAAGCAAAAAAGACUUUGAUGAGAACGCAGACAAACGCACGCUAGCCUUUGAUGAGAAAGUAGAUAAAUGCACGCAGGAUUAUGAUAAACUCACAGUCACAUGCAAAAACAACUUUGAUGAGAACGCAGACAAACGCACGCAGGAUUAUGAUGAACUCACAGUCAUACGCAAAAAAGACUUUGAUGAGAAAGCAGAAAAACUUACGCAUGAGUAUUAUGAACUCACAGUCACAAGCAAACAAGACUUUAAAGAGAACGCAGAAAAACGCAAAAAAGACUUCGAUGAGAACGCAGAAAAACGCAUGAGAAAAAUCAAUGAACAGUGUGGAAAUACCUCUUUCACUGAAACUUCCUACAAAAAGUCCUGUGAAGAAAUUCAGGCGCGGUUAAUCGAACAGUACCGGGCAAUGUGUGUUGUGCCGGUGUCCAUGCUGGAUCCUGACAUAGAUGUACCUUUGGAACGGAUCUACGUUCCCCCGUCCAUCAAGGCACUUAAGAGAGGCCAGGACGACAUACAUGGCGGGAGUGAGAUGGACAAGUCUUCAACGAUGAAAUCAGACGUGAAUUGCUACAAAGAGUUGCUGCAUCGUGAUGGGAAUCCGGUUAAUACAAUUUAUAUCCAAGGUGAUCCAGGUUGUUGUAAAACAACGUUUUCCACAAAACUGGUUCUUGAUUGGUGUAAUGCCCAUUCGGAAAAUUGUACCAAUACUGAGAAAGAAAUCGCGAUAAAGGCCAGUACCAGUGAGGAGACUUCACAACUAGUACCAUUCAGUGAUCUGGGCACUUUGCGAGAUUAUGCAUUUCUGUUUUUUGUGUCUUUACGUGAUUACAGCGGAUCCAUGUGUAACGUCAGUCAGAUGAUUGAAGAUGCCAUAAAAAGCAACAAACUAGCUUGGGAUGACAGUGUCUGGGAACAUAAAUGCAUCGUUCUUACAGACGCCGCAGACGAAUGGUACCACCCCGAUUUAUCCUUUCCUCCGCCACGGGACUGUGCUUUCAGGUGCGUUAAAGACCGGAGUAUGCCGCUGUACCUACAGCGAAAAAACAUUACCAACAUUAUAACCGCACGACCAUGGAAAUUUGCCAAUCGCAGAAUGAGCGAUAGCUUAACACGUAUGUUCCAAAUUUCGGGCGUUGCGAACUACCAAACAUUGGCGAAAAAUGUAAUUAAUGUUUUAGCUGAGAAAGCCGGUAUUUCGCAAGAGGAUCAACAAAGAAAAUUUAAUGAUUUCUUGAUGAAACUAGAGAGAAAAAGCGUGAUAAAUCUCAUGGCAAUACCAGCUAUUUGUGUGCAACUCGUUCAUCAGUUUUACGUUGGACGUUUAAUGGAAGGUUCAAUAUGUGCUAUAUACAUGAAUAUGCUAGAUAUGCACAUAGCCAAGGGGUUGCACAAACUUCAACUUGAAGAUUUUGACACUGAAGAAAUUUGCGUUAAAGAAAUAAAACACAUAUUUGAAACAGGAAAAAACGAGUAUAUGUCGGCUAAUGGGUCGCUGAUUCGCUCUGCAUGUGCACUAGCGUUUAAAACACUAACAGACUCUAGUAAAGAAUCGUCGCUAGUCUUUGCGAAAAACACAAUCACAAACCAUAUGACGGAAACACAACUUGGUUACUUACUUCAGACAGGGAUUAUCACACAGAAAAAAUCGUUGGCGCUUAGCCCGCAAAAGAAUAUACCAUACAUGUUUGUACACAAAACUAUUCAGGAGUUUCUAGCAUCGAUGCAUAUUGCAAUUAAUCAGACGGGCAUUGAAGACAUCAUGAGCGCCAUACAGUCGGCGUAUUGUGAUGGUAAGUCUAUUCUGGACAUCGGUCAGUUAUUUAUCUUCACGUGUGGAAUGUGUGGUCCAGCGGCUGAAAGAAUGUCAAAGCACAUGAUGGAUGUCAUAACAAGCGACAUGGAAAGCAAGCUGCUUUCUAUUUCAGACCAGAUAAUAGAUCUAUUUUCCACGCCUUAUUUCGCACAAAUAAUUUUAUUGGGUGGCUUUAUUGAAAGGUUGGCGAAUAAACAGCCGUGCUUACAACUUACACUCACUCAUAUAAAACCUAAUUAUUUAAAUUUUCCUAUCAAGGAAAUCGAUGAUUUAAAUACGUUGAUAGAUAUGAACAUCUCAAACAUCACAAGCAUGGAUGCACAAUUCUCCACACAAUGGUUUUACAAUACAAAUCGUGUACAGGAAAUUAUUUCGCAAUCGAGAGAAUCAUUGUCGUAUCUGCAGCUUGUAGGCUGGAUUCAAUCAGACCUACAAUUAGACCUACAGGGUCUUAAGCUCAAGAGCUUAUCAUGUUAUGGAGGUACCGUUUUAAGUAAUUUAGACUGCACCUAUAUGCGUUCGUGUUCUAUAGCUCUUCCAACACCAUUAUCAGAGAGGCGCAUCUUACAAUCGAUGUCCAUCACUGGUAAAAACAUUACACGUCUACAGCUGAUGGAUGUUCAAUCAAUUAACCUUCUCUGUGCAGCUCUUCCAAAGCUGACUAGUCUACACACGCUUAUAAUAUAUGUGACAAAUCGUGCGGUUACACUGCUGGGCUAUCUUCCUGAAUCGAUCAGAAAGGUAGUUUAUUUUAGCUGUGAUGUUUCCGCUCAAGAUGUAAAGUCAAUGGUGGAAUGGUCAAAAUCACGGGACGCGUGUGUGCGUUGUGAAUUGUUAAACUGUGUUAUACCUACCAAUGAGACGGAUUCUUGUAACUGGAUGAAACAGCAGGACGGCAUUGACAUUACACAAUGUGAAUUCAAAGAAAAUGGCACAUUUAUAGUUCUAUCUUUUUCCUGGAGCACCAUUUUAUCAAAGUGACAAUUAUCAAACAAGUUGUCACAGAUUCAAGACGAAAAGAGAGUGACAUAACACUAAGCACGUAGACAACAUUACAAAUUUACAUUUGCUUCAUAAUUCGAAAUUAAUAAAACUAUACAGAAUUAAAAACGCGAAAAGUGAAUAAUCUAUAUGUGCUCUUUUCUUUUUUUGUGUUCUUUAAAUUUGGUGGCGACGCUCAAUUCACUAAUAUAAAUAUUUAAAUGAUUUUGACUCGAGCUUGGACAAAAUGCAAAAACCGUAAACAACACCCUUUUAUGUUAAAUAAUUAGCUUUCGCUUUACUGUGUAAUUAUUAUCAAUUAUUUAUACAACUUCAUGAUGUAGCUAUACAUUCCAUUUGAAAAACGAGUGAAGAGUUUAUUGUUUACGAGUUUGUGUUUUGUCUCUGGUGCUUUGCAUCUCACGGAACACUGAUGUAUUCUAUUUCACUGGUCCUUCGAGAGUUUUAUACGCCAUUGAAUUAUGUUAAAAUAAGUAUUUUUAAUAUAAUAUGUUUUCCAAUUAUUAAGUAACCUAUUCCAUGAGACAAUAUAUUGUGCUGUUUUGUACAGAAUAUGCAAUAUAUAUAUAUAUAUAUAUAUAUAUAUAUAUAUAUAUAUGCAUUGUAAACCUCCCUUUAUAUGUUAACGACUCGUAUAAUUUAUGUUAUGUGUAAUCGUGUUAUUUAUGAAUGAAAAGAACGCACUACCUUCGGAAGAACUUCUAACUAUACAGUGCUGAAAUACAUUUGUAUCAUAAACGGCAGAUUAUAUCACAGAAAUGUGAUAUUAAAUCUUGUAAUAUUCCAGAAAUUGUAUUUGAACGUGCUCAUUCUUUUCAAUUAUCAAUAAUUCGCUGCACUUGUAAGGACUGAAUAUUUUUUAUUUAAUUGUACAGAUGGUUUAAUUUAAGAUGAUAUUUUCCAAAUAAACCUUUUUUAUACUUCUCUUCACAGUUUCUUUUAAAUCUGUUUCCAAAUAAAUAUCAUGUCUGAGGUUGUUAAUGUACAUGAUUUGUGUAAUGAUUAAUUGCGACGUAUAUAAUACACUAGCGUUUCGUCUUAGUCUACGCUGCUUUCCUAGCGCGUCCUUGAUCCGACUAUGAUUUAAGGAAGUGGUUAAAAUAAAGCAUUUUAUAUUUUAAAAUCCUUUCACAUUGCUGAGACCCUUCUUGCAAAUAUAUCGUUCAUCAAACAAUAUACACUCAAGCAUUGGCUUACUAACGGACUUUAAAGAACAUAAUUCUAUGGACAUUUUAUUUAAUGUAUUAAAUAAAAUGUGUGAAAACAGU